GAUGGCGGCGCGGGUGUCGCAGGGCCCGGCAGCCCGCGGGCGCUCUUAGGCCGCGGCCCCCGCCCCGCCGACCCCGGGCGGGCCCCCGCCGUCCCGGCCCCUCCCGCCCUCCGGCAAGUGGUGGCCGGCAGGAUGCUGCCCUCGCAGGAAGCCUCCAAGCUGUACCAUGACAACUACGUGCGGAACUCGCGCGCCAUCGGCGUGCUCUGGGCCAUCUUCACCAUCUGCUUCGCCAUCAUCAACGUGGUGGUCUUCAUCCAGCCCUACUGGGUGGGCGACAGCGUCAACACGCCCAAGCCCGGGUACUUCGGGCUGUUCCACUACUGCGUGGGCAGCGGGCUGGCGGGCCGGGAGCUGUCGUGCCGCGGCUCCUUCACCGACUUCAGCACCAUCCCCUCGGGCGCCUUCCAGGCGGCCGCGUUCUUCGUGCUGCUCUCCAUGGUGCUGACGCUGGGCUGCAUCACCUGCUUCGCCCUCUUCUUCUUCUGCAACACCGCCACCGUCUACAAGAUCUGCGCCUGGAUGCAGCUGCUGGCAGCGCUCUGCCUGGUGCUGGGCUGUAUGAUCUUUCCUGACGGCUGGGAUGCAGAGACCAUACGGGACAUGUGCGGGGAGAAGACAGGGAAAUACUCCCUGGGCGACUGCUCCGUGCGCUGGGCUUACAUCCUGGCCAUCAUCGGCAUCCUCAACGCCCUCAUCCUUUCCUUCCUGGCCUUUGUCCUCGGCAACCGGCAGAACGACCUGCUGCACGAGGAGCUCAAGACAGAAAGCAAAGAUUUUGUUGGCACUGCGGGUAAAGUGACUCGAGCCCCCUCGCCCCCCACCCCGGGAGCCCGGCCCCAGGACGCGGUGUUUCCUAGCGUGUGGCCGGGGACGCCGGGGCCUCGCUGCUGCCGGCUGUGGGACACCCGACACGCUCCGCCGCUGAAUGUAAGCCCUGGACUGCAGUGCAGAGGGAAAAACACAGCAGCACCAGGCACCAGCUCUCCUCUCCUGCUGUCGUUGAGAACGUUUCCCCUACUGUAUUACAGCUCCAAGUAAUCCACCACAUUGGAGAUGAGCACAUAUUUUCUACUAUGAAACAGUCUCUGAGCAAGGUAGUUCGCCUCAUAUUUUACAACAAGGCAGUAGGUAAGCAAAAUACUACUUUGUGGCAUCUCCUCAACAUUUUCAGUCUGCAAGUGAGCAGCUUUAGAUGUGCCAAGGCUGAAGAGAGCAGGUCAGGUGCCCCACUGUGUGCUUGUAAGUCAAAACUAGUGGGGAAAGCUUUCCCUUCCCCAGCAGUCAUUUUGGCACUGCUGAGUAAAUAUCACAGACCACUUAUCUGCUGGGCUGGGUCUGACACUGAUGAUGGCAUUUGCAGAGUCCCCUCAACAGCCGAGACAUAUCAAGUCUUCCCACCAGGGCCAACAAGUGAAUCAAAAAUUCCAGUCUUCAAUUUGUUUGCUCUCUUGUGACAACCCUGAGAGCUCUCCUCAGCCUUGUCGUGACUAAUGCUCCGCCCUUAUCCCCAGUGCCUCCAUGCCCCGCAUCCCUCCCCUCCCACCGCAGGCACAGGCACACGCGCUCCCGGGCCCAGGUGCAGUAACUACCUCAGGUGACAUGGACUCGGGCCUAUGCGCAGGGGAACUCUCGGGGGAGGAUACGUUCUAGAGGAGGGAAAAGCAUCUAGUUAUUCAUCUACUUAAAAAGUCGAGAAGCAAAAUACAAUGUACAAAAUACAAGCAACGCAGGUUAGCAAUGGCUACUCUAAACAAAAACUAUCCCGGGAGCACAGAUAGGACUGGGUUACUGCAUCUCAGAAUGCAACUUGGAACCCAAACCGGCACAUGAACAUGAAGAAAAGCAGCAUCUUACUCUUUAUAUUUCUGAUGCUGUCAGAUAGAGUUUGCACCAUGAAAUAUAGAGAAAUUUAUGGUGUUUAUUCUGAGAACAUGGGAGACAUGGAAAGCCUGGUUUAGCCCAAAAAGUAAACUAAGAUCCCUCAAACAUUAAGGUGACGUUUCACAGACAUUACACUAUAAAACAAAACAGUCUCCUUCAAUCCACUGUGGGUCACCUUUCCAGAUAAAGUCAAGAGAAAAGGUGUGGACAGCCAGCUUUAUGAAAUGUCAUAUCACCUGAGCACCUAUCAGUGAAGGCAGUGUAUGCCCUUGACAGCACAGUUAAGGGCUCCUUCCCAAGCACUUCCCUUUCCAUGCUAAUGAGCAGGCCUAAAAUAGAAUCAGAGAAGGUUUCCCAGAGAAAUAUGGCAGGACUCACCAUCUUCUGCAAAGCAGAAAUCCUUAGAAAACUGAGAAUCUGAAAUUUGUUAACUAAAAAGAAUUCUGACAAGCUCCACAGAAAAAGUAGAUGCAUGUCCUCAUGCUUCUAGUCACUCUUAUGAAUACGCAGGGUAUAACCAUCCUCUAAUUUGUUUCCAGUCUAAAAAGGUCACAAAACAGUCUGAAAAAACUUGAUCUGUAAAAAGCCAACAACCAGAGCUUCAGAAGGCUUAUGAUACAAGUUUUUCAGAGAGCAGCUAGGAAAUCAGUCAAGACGGAAGUUUCUUAAAAGCCUUCAAAAAUGUAUUUCUGAGCAAGGCAAGAUGGCAAGUCACAGCUUCUGCUUCCUUGAGGAAGCUUGUGAACUGAUGGAAGAAUCUCCCUGUCACUCUCUUCCCACAGGGCCACAGGACUGAAGUAUAAAGCUUUAAACUUAGAGAGAUGCAUUCCCUCCAGUGAGAACUGAUGAUAACUAAAUGAAACAGACAUGACAUUAAAACAAUGAGAUUAUGAAUGAGGUGCAUUGGAGGAAAUACAAAAGUCUGAAUGAAGAAGCCUAUGGUCCAGUGAGUUCUUAAGACUCUUUUCAAGAGCAAAAGGGCAAAAGACAAGUUAUAGAUAUCCAGUGAAAUCAAGGCUAGUUAACUAACACUAUGGUGGGACAGGAAAGGGAUGAUUAGACUGGCAACACUGCUCUGAGCUGCCUCCUUAACCACUGCAAGGAAAGGAUCAUUUCCUAUCGAGCUCUCUGCCUGGAACAGUCUUUCACCUCUCUCCUCAGUGCUCCACAAUCUUCCCUGCUAACCUCUACAGAGCUGCCUCUCAAAUACCUUACAAGACAGGGCUCACAAAGAAAAUCAAAGCACACUAAGCUAAAAAUACCACAAAAAAUACCACCUGUUGCAAAACGGAUGAGGGAUUCCUGCAAAAUAGUCCCUAGUAUGGAGCAGUCCAUCACUGCACCAUUUUUUUUUAAUGGUUCUAACUGGCAGAGCAUGAGCAGCUGGCCUGAAGAGUUCCAUGGGUUUUUAAUGAAAAUAUACAAUGCUAGAAAACAAAACUAAACCUUCAAACAGCAUGAUCCCUACUCACAGGCACAGAGCAGCAACGGUUAAGUGGAAGGUCCUGGUGGGAUGAAUGCUGGUAACUCUCCCACAGAGUUUAGAGCAAUGGAAACCACCUACAGAGCCUGCUCACUACUGCUGCUGAUUUUUGCAAAUGGAAAAUAUUGAGAAAUCAAAGGUAUUACAGUAUUUUCUUUCUACCCAAUCAAGGGAAAGAAAAACCAAAAAAUACAGUGGAAGCUGAUGUAAAGUAUUUCUACCACACUUGGGAUUACUGAAAGCUGUUUGGGGAAAGAGAAGGUGAGAACGGCAGACAGCCUUUGAGAAAUGGAACACUACUGCACUCUUUGGAGGAGGCAGGGUUUGGAAGCCACAUUGGCACAGAGAUCUGAAGUGGGAAAGAUGAUUAAAGAUCACUGUAAAACCUCCAAAAUUUGGGAGCUACUCUGCAGACAUAGGGAAAAAAAAAAAAGGUAAGAACUAGUGUUACUCGUGGCUACAAACUGAGGUUUGACAUUUAACAGAGCAGGAGAUUUGGUCAGAAGUGGAGCAGGGGAGAAAGGCAGCAGUGCUCUUGAGGCUGACACUGUGAUGCUGCUCAGCAGUACAGCCACACAGUCCAAAAAGAGGGUCUCCCAAGUGUCACCCCUGCUGCAAGUAUUCCCACUCCUCUUUUUAGCACCCUUAGUGCCAGGCAGAUUUACCUCGAAC